CCGAAAACCCAGGUGGACGGUGGCGGUAACGGCACCACCGGUUGUUCCAGUGUCCCGAAGGAUCAAUGUGUGGUGAACGCGUUUCCGAUCGAAAUUGGACAUUGGGAACCGCCGUGGCGGCAGAUACCCACCCUUUUCCCGCUUCCUGUCGCCGGCAAGCUGCGACUGGUGAAGACAGUGAAACCUUCAAACCUCAAAAAUUCCGCCCUUGCUGACAGUCCAUCCGACGCCGUACCGGUUCCACUGUCAACCCCGCUCGGCCGGACUUUUGACACAUUUCACGAUGACGAUGACGAGGUGACAGGCGCCUGUCACACGCACACCUUUCCUCCUCCCUGUCUCGGUUCGCAGAAAUCCUUGGUCUAAUUGACAUUUUAUCGGAAAAAUGGAAACACACAGCCCGGGCUGCCGGCAGUCUCGUGCCGUGGCCAUUCGGCAGAGGGGUGACAUCAACCAGACCCAAGUGACAACGACGACCGGCUGGGAAAAGCCGGAAAACUGGAACUGCAAGCCGGGGCUGGUGUUUCUCCCCGGGUUCCAAGAUAAUCGUCUUUAUCGUGGACGCAGAUAUUGGUUGGUGUCGUCAUCGAUAGUGUCGAGGAUUAGUUGGAUUGGAGUGUGCCUGAACCAAAAGCACCUUUCCGAAAUCAUCUCUGCACAGGUGAAUGUUGCGGCUGGGCAUUUCAAAAAGGAAAGAAAAUAAACAAACCACUUUCCACGUUUUCCCCAGCAGCACAACCUGGACGGACAGGAUGUUGUUGCGAGUGAGUUUUGGACGGAAUCCUUGGAGGCGGCGGCAGGAUGCGUCAUACCUGGCAAACCAAAACACAGCCAUCAGCACCAGCAUCCAGUUUCGGCUAAAUAAAACAAAACAAAA